CCAGCCUUUCAAGGUCAGUUCAGUCACGUUGCACUCAAACAGACGGCUACAUUGGUGAGUCAGAUUCUUAAAUUUUAACUGAUUUUUUGAAUUUGACUUUAACAGUUUAUUUAAUUGAAUCACUUUCAAUUGACAAUGUCACUUUAAAAACGAGGUUUGUUGUGCGGAACAUCUAGGCAAGCAGAUAUAAUCCAACCGCUCCGAUUUCAUUUUAACUUAGUUCUCAGUCUGACACCGAGCCAAGAAUUUAUUCUAAUUUGUUUCUGAUAUUUGGAAAAAAUUAAGUCGCUAGAACGAGCCAUUAAAGAUCUUUUUAAACAGGUUUUGAGAAACAUUCUUCAACUAGUAAGAAAAACUUCAGAUGGCUGUUUUAAGAAAUUCGAAUCACAUUGUGUUGAUGAAAAGACAUAAAUCCACACAAAUUUAAGUGCUACGUAAUUAUAGUAAGCCAUUAGUGUUUCAGUGUUGUUACACGCUCAGUUGAGGGAUAUUUACUAGUAAAUACUUCAGCUCCACAACGUAAAUAUAAGCGACCUAAUCAAGUACGAAAGAAUUUUAUAAGUGGCUAGGUUUUCUUAGUUAUAACGUCCAAGGACGUCACCGUUGUGCAUUCCGGCGAAACUCAAACAUCAAACGUUGUGACAACUUUCAAUUCUAUAUCAAUUAUGUCCUAAAGAUGCUAUUUGUUCUCAUAUCAUCUGGAUAUUUCGUAUCGAAUUGCGACUAGAGUGACUAUGGUUUAUUAUUAAAGAGUUCUCGGCACAAAAAUAUUUGCAAUUUUAAUACUUUUAGGCACUGAAACAAAAACACUUCUUCAUAGGUCGAUUUAUCAAACUUCAUUUAGUGAAAUGUCAAGUUUUAUGAAAAUCUAAUGCAAACUGACCCGAAAAUAUGAAACCGCAAAAUGAUUGCUGCCUACCAUCCAGGAUUUCUUUGUUAAAUAUAUUAAUAUUCAAAACCUCGUUUUCUGGGCAUUUUUGAGGUCGAUUUUUGCAUUGAAAUAUUUUGGCGGUUAAAUAAGCUCAGCCUGUAUAGAAAGUGUUAUAUAUUACAAUGGAUUAUUACGCUUGCUCAACUUCCGCCGGAACAUGAUGAACUUCAUCUAUCGAAGCUCCUCAGUUUACAGAGUCAGCUACCCCUUACGGCACUCUUAUGUACUGGAAGAAAAUUCAUUUAUAUGUUAAUAUUUUACAGUUGAAUUCAGCGAUGGAGAACCAUCAAAAAUCCAAGUUAAACAUCAAACAGCGCUAUUCCUGUGGCCUCGGGAACGUUCUCAACGAAAUUGUCAACCAAAUGUACAUGUCUUUUUCCAUCAUAUUUUUGAUGCAAGUGAUUGGUUUAUCGGCAUCCCAAGCCGGAUUGGCUAUGUUUAUUGGAUAUAUAACUGACGCCUUUACCUCUCCAAUAACUGGUUUCUUGGGCGACCGUGUUCAAAUUCCAUUUAUUUCCAAAAAGCUGGGUCGAAGGAAGUCGUGGCACUUAGUGGGAACGAUUAUGAUGGCCGGUGGAUUUCCUCUUCUGUUUAAUCGGUGUUUAGUAUGCAACGAUUAUCAGGGUGUCAGUUGGUUGCAACCUUUUUACUAUUAUUGUGUCAUGGUUAUUAUCAAUGCGGCAUACAACAUUUUGGAGAUCAAUCAUCUUUCAAUCACCUUCACUGCAGCUGGGACAGUGCAAGAAGGCGCAGCGUUAACUGCUAUAAGGUUAACAGCAAUAACACUAUUUUCUUUUGUUCACAAUUUCUUGAUUCUGAUUUUUUGGAUUCCAUUCUCUGACUGAAUGUGAUCUCACCAGUGGUUAUGAGUGUAUAUUGAAAAUCAACGCAGCAUAAACUGAAGAGUGCACAUUUUUGCCUCUCCUUUUCUUACUUGUCAAAUCCUUGUUUCUUUUUCGCUAUGAAUCUCAAAUGACAGCUGAUCUGACAGGCUACAAUAACGUCAGUGAGUAAGUUCGGUUCAAGAGAAUUUUAUACCCAGACGUGGUAUAUAGGAAUAAAGAUACCCUCAUCCAGAAUUUAUGCCGUAAAGGUCGACCCUUUUUUUUUCUUAUAUAGGACAGUCCUUAGUUUCGUUAGUGGAAUAUACGUUUACGUGGUUGCCUGGGGACUGCUUGGUCAGGAUGGCGGAGACGAUCUGGGGCCGGAAAGUGUAGCACAGUUUGCGGUAAGUAUACAUAAAUAAAGUGACGAUAUGGAAAUUGCAUUAAUGAACCGAAGCAAUCUAAUUGAUUGGAUUAAUGAUGAUGAUGAUGAUAUUGAAUUCAUAAUACCAUAUUGCUCCGGCACCCAACCAAAGGCACGUUUUUUAUGGUGCCUGCAUUCUUUUUUAUAACUAGCUAGUGAAGCAGGUGUAAUUCAUUUUUCAAAAAACCUAAAAACUUUUUCCUAGAGUAUUCUUAGGUAUGUAUCAGCAAUAAAAGUUUAAACUGAAAUAACACUAUAUUUAAAUUCAAAAAAAUCGUAUUUAAAUUAUUUUCCAAUGUUUUAAUUAUAUUUCUUUCCCUUUCGACACAGAAUCUUGCAUGGAUUGUCACUGGUACAGGAAUAGUCUUUACAACCAUUUUCUAUAUUGGAACAAAGGAACCAGUCGUACGCCCUCUAAGAAAGAUCAGCACACUCAUGGAUCCAGUGGUAUGAAGCAACAUAAGAUAUCGAUUGCUCUGUCCUCGACGUCUAGCCAUCUUUCUUAGCCCCUGGCCAUGGACGAUUCGCAACCACGAUUUUUAUCGCAAGAAAGCGUAGUUGUAACCUUGUUGCGAUAUUGUUUCGAAUGAUUCCAACAUUGUUUCAUUGCAACGCUCCUUGUUUUGCGCUGAAAAUUGUUGUGGCGAAUCCAUGCUUAUAACAUCACAUUUAGUCCGGCAUUAUAUGGACUUUUCCUGCUAAAUUAUGAGACGUUGAUAUUGUUGUAAGGUUUGCCUGAUAUGUAUGUAUCAACACAAGAGAGAAUAAUCUCUCUUAAUUCACAUUGAUUUUCAUGAGAGCUUAAGCCAUGGUCCCCCCUUUUUCGUCCACCGAUUGCAUUCACCUCGACCCCUCAGUUGUAUCUCAUUUUAGUAAACUCCAACUAGUGGUCUAUUAAUUAUCAAUGCUGCGUUCUGAUUGGUUGAGCUACUUCUAGGCUAUAUACUAUAGCCCACUAGUAGCGACAAACGCCGGCUUUAAAAACCAAAACAAUGGCGGCUGAAUCACGUUUUGGUAGCUUAAGUUGUUUUGUCUCGAUAUUUUUGAAAAACCAGUUGGAUUUUACUAAAACAAUUAUUCCUCUCGCCCUCAUGGCCUCUGAUGAGUCAAUAGCUCAUUCGGCCUUCAGUCUCAUGGGCUAUUGACGCAGAGCCCAUUCGAGCUCGAGGAAUAAUUGUUAAAUACCUAGUGCUGUUGCAAUUUGUAGUAGUCAUCGCACUUUAUAUUACCUGUAACUAAGUCCGAUCACAUGUCACAAUUCGCCACAAAGCCGUCUAGCACUUGGUAAUAAAAAAAUGUCCACUUUGACACAUCUCCCCAGGAUGCCCAUCUCUCUUUGUUAGAAAAUAUCACCGUACUUAAAACAAUUAGAGUUUGUACCAAUUAAUCAAAUACCUACUCUUGCAUGUCGGCAAGUGCAAAUAUCUAAGUUUUUGUCACGUCGACCAUGAAUUGUCUCCAGAAGAGUUUCACAGUGAUGGCAAUUUUGUGACAUGAAUAAAUCGUUUUUAUCUUUGGCCAGAACGGUGAAGGAUUAUUUCAGGCUAGCCAGUCUGUUUAUUCAAUGGUCUUCGAACAAGUUGAUGGUGAGUUGAAUGAAAUAGAUUACUCUACCUUUAGUUCCAAUCUUUCUACUUUACUUUCACCUCGCAGUGUACGUUGAGACAUGAGUAACGUUAAUAUUAGUAUAUUGAGGUCUUAUUUGUCGGUAAAAGGAGACUUUGUCGAUGGAACGAUACCUAAGAUGGAGCACACACUCGUACAUCAGCAGGGCAAUUUAUUAAAACUUUUACAAGUGUAAUUUACAAGUGUUGCUAUUGUUUUCAUACUCUAAAACAAUAGCUACGCUUGUAAGUUACUUUAACUGCUUACAGUAUGUUCAUUGUUACGCGUCACAAGUAACAACCGAGUAAGGGUCUGGGGCCCGUUUGUCGAAAGUCCCGAUAACUUUAUGUUUGCUGUGUUUGCAUUCAAGAUCAAAGUUUCAAUAAUUUUGAAAACGAUGCAAUGAAACUAUCUGUUAGCGAACAAAAUUAACCAGUUUGUGAGUUUGGAACUUUGCUAAUAUUCAACAGGUUUUGAUUUCAAAAUUUGCCUUCAGACCCGAAAAGUUACUGGGCCUUUCGAGAAACGGGUCCUUAGGCUUCUUAGAUUCUUACGUGCAGAUGCUGUGAAAAAGCAGCCAAAACGCUCUUCCGCACCAAUCCUGCCUUCUCGAUAAAUUCUUUGCGACAAGAAGUAGACGAUGAAGUCAACCAAGAAAGAAUAGCUCCCAUUAUGGCCUCCUGAUCUGGAGGGAUCCUGGAAAGAAAAAGAUAUCCAAAAAUAUUUCUUUAACAUCACGGGCCAACAUCGGGUAAUAUUGGAAGGUAAUAUCAAGGAAAGAGAGGGGAUGUCUUUUUACCUCUUUCAGUUAAAAGGCACUCGGUACUUGAACACGAUCUCUUUGAAUCAGUAAUAAGACGAAAGACUGCAGGUCCUGUUAAUAAGGUACAGGGAAAAUUGAAUUUUUUUAAAAAAAAAAAUUCUUUUAAGAUGCCAAGAGGAAAACUUCGACCAUAGUCCAUUCCCUUGUUGGCAUUUUUAUGUCUUCGGUGGAAAACACGGAAGUUGUCGACAACACAACAACUGCUAAAGCAGCAUCUAAAAAGAUAAGUGUGGUACAACGAUUUGUGGAAGCUCUCUUUUCAAAUGGCGGUGGAAACAGUCAUGAAGAUUCAGAGGACAAACUUCAAAUUUCCGAAGUCAAAUCAGGAGUGUCAAGUAAUCGAGAGAAACUCGGAAGCGGUAUGUAGAAUGGUAUUUGCGUUAUAAUGUUUUCUUCUUACAUUCUCGAUGAGCGGGUAUUUUUUCUGGCUUUAAAUGCAAAUAUUCAGACAUAAUGUUCGAUCGAUGUAUCAUCAACUUUAGCGGAUACUGUGACGUAUACUAAAUAAACGUCAUUUCAAAAGGACAGUGACUCGGCUUAGCGCACUAUAUAUUCUAUUCAACUAUAAUAAAGUACAAACCAAGUAAUCCUAGUGACAUUUAGAAAACAUUGAGGCAAAAUUUACAAGGGAUGAGAAUCCUCAGGCGUUCUGGUAGUUAAAGCGAAAUGACGUCAUUAUACGAACGUCCCAUUGUUAUUUCUCCUGUAGAUCUGAUAACCCACGUAGCAAGACUGGACCAGGAUCGCAAACAGAGUCUCGUCUUUCGCUUAGUAGACGGGCUUCUUAAUAAAGAGAGUCAAAGGCAACCGGAAGCGACUAGCAUUACGGCCGAAGAAGGGAAAGUGGAUCUUGAAAACGAAAGUAACAAGCAGAAUACGAACAUUUUUGAAGACGCGACAGAUUGUACUGUAUGGUAAGCGUUUUUCUUGAGUUGAACACCCGCUUUUUCAAGUACCCACGUGACGGUUCCUGAGUACGAAAGCAGGACCGUAUUCUUAGGCUUCAAAGUGGUCGCAACGACCUGUGCGCACAAGUUUACUGUUACUUCCGUGGCAAUCCACUGCUAUGGAUACCCGCAUUUCUCCCGGCUACGCUAACGUUUUAAAAUGACGUCUGACAGGGCAAAUUGGGGUAAAUAUGGGCACAUUAUAACACAAUUUUACGCUGGUACCCAGGACUAGUGCCUAAGGUGACGUGCAUAAAGUGACAGUUGUUUAAUGAAAGGUUGAGGGAUUUCCAAUCAGUUCCCAUCCACAGCCUCAUCAUCACCGACUGCACUUUUCAGAGUUUUGUACAUCGCCAUCUCGCACCUGAAAGAGUCUUGUAUGAGCGUAUUUUAUUUCAUUUUACUUUUUAGUUUUCCCAGUGAGUUAAUCUUUGCUCAUAUUACUGACAUGAACGGAACGAAAAAUACAGAAAUAAUGGAGGGAAAUGAAGCUCAAAAUAUGAAAACAAGAGAAGAUGAUUUAAAUGGUGCUGACAGAGUAUAUAGCCGGCGUCGGAGAAGAGGCAUGUCUUUGGCUCCAGAAGAAGUCUUUAAGCUUGGAAUACACAACCUUGGUUACCAAAAUGAAACCUGUGGGCUGGAGAUGAGAACAAUAAACGAAGAAGAGGCCAUUCAGCCUGCCGGUGAAGGCGAUGCCAUUAUCCAUGGUUUCGAAAAACAAAAGUCAGCUUUUACAGAAACAACAACGGGCAAAAAAGUGAGUUUCUCUGUUCCGGAAAGGAAUGAAGUCCGUAAUUCAGGAAUUUAUCCUUUUGAUUCAGAGAUGACAGCAUUUUCAGACGAAGAGACGCAGAGAAAAGUGAGCUUAUCUGAGCUGCAAGAGAACGGAUCUGAGAAAAAAGAGACAGGAGAUGAAUCCAGUGAUAAAUCGUGUAAAUCUGCGAUUACUGGAGGAUCUGAAAAGAGGAAACCAAAGACGACGAGGGAUUGGUUGAGGACUCCUGGUGUUUACAAGGUUGGCAUCUCUUAAUGUGACCAAUGGCUUUUUUGUUUUUUAAUUUCACUUUAAGUGCCAGUCUCUGUAAGAUCCUCAUAUCGAGUUUUACCCACAAAAUGGAUUUCGCUCAUAAUUUUUCUGUAGACUUCUUUUAAUAAGUAUAUAACAAAUAUGAAACUAGAUGGGAGAAAUUCGCUUCUGUAAAUUUUUUUUAACGAAUUUUCUUUCGGCGCCACACGAGGACCUGAGAUGCUUAUGAAAUAUGCAAAUUUUGUCAAAACUCAACCGAUUGCUCCGGAUAAAAGAAUCCGACCCAAAGCUUCCAAUUUACUAGUUGAUUUAAUUGAGCCUUUAUCUUUAAAAUUUGCCUUACUUUAUUUGCCAUUUCGCAGGCGUUUCGGCAUCGUGAAGUCCAGAAGGAUUGUCAGGAUAGAAAGCGAGAAAUCGGGUAUAUGCCACUCGAAAAUUGUCCAUUCCUAAAGACUGCAUACUUUCAAUCACUGUUUUCCAUGUGGCUGUGGUUUUAACCAAACGAAGAAGAGAGAGAAGGCGGUGAACGUGAGCUUAUUUACUGUCGGCCAUGUUUUUGUAGGGUUUGUGGAACGCGUGGGAUCUGGAAUCCGGAAUGCGGAAUUCGCAACCCUUUUCUUUUGUUAUUUGUGGAAAAUCAUUUCGCAUUUACAAUAUUUUUUUGUUUCUCUUUUUUUAAAAUUAUAGAAUAUUAAGCAGGAAGUCUCAGAGGUCUUCUUAGCAUUCUCUAGAAACUAGGGGGAUUCCAUAUCCAAACUGUCGCUGCUGUUGAAAAUGUCUCAAUUUAAAUAUUUUACUUCUUAAGAGGAGAUAUCUGAAAUUGAUAAACUAUGAUUCAAGAAGAGCUGAACAGUGCAAAUGUGAAGUGUCAAUACGUCAUUUUAAGCUUAUAUUAUUUUCCCUGCUCUCGCUAUUUUUC